CAAAGUACACGUAACACCAGCGCCAUCGUCACUUUACCCGGCCCUGGACAGCAGUCCGCAUACACAUUAGCCGCGGAAGACCUGGCCUACGCCCGUAAUCUAUCUACAUCACCAAAGGUAUCUGUUGUUUGCCGGGGAUAAAAACAAGCUUCGCACGCCCUUUCCCCAAUCGAUCGCCGGCAGGCUAGCGCGGAGAGCGAGAAAGGUCUGGAGGAGUCGGUGGCGCGUCGAGCUGACCUCCCUCCGCAAUCUUUCGUGCAGUAGUCCCGCAAGAGGCGUGGACACAAGUAUUGGUUCUGCCGAAGAUGACGGAGGAGCAGCAGCAGCGGCAGCACGACUCGGCCGAAGGCGAAGAAGAAGGAGACGGCCUCGUAUUCGGCGUGAGCGAGGACCUCGUCCAAUCCCGCGAGCGCUCCGCCGCGCACACCGGCAGCUUCGAUUUCGACGGUCUCCUUCAGCCGCCGCUGCGGGUGCACAUUGAUCUCACCAAAGGGAAUGGGGGUACUACCUGGCCGGCCGGGAUGACUUUAGCCACGUACCUGCUACGCAGAAAGCGGGAGGCCUUGAAGGAGCUGUCCAUUGUGGAGCUGGGUGCUGGUGGUGGCCUUGUAGGCCUUGCCGUGGCCAUGGGUUGCCGACCGAAGCAUACGCUGCACAUCACCGACCAAGAAUCCAUGCUGGCUCUGAUGCGACAAAACAUCGCAUUGAACAAUCUCGAAGGACAAAUCAGCGCGAGCGUGUACAACUGGGGAGAAGCAACACCAUCGGCCAUCCCGAAGCAUCCAGAUGUAGUCCUUGCAGCCGAUUGCGUGUACUUCGAGCCCGCCUUCCCAUUACUCCAACAAACCUUGCGAGAUCUAAUCGGCCCCUCGACAACAUGCUACUUCUGCUACAAAAGGAGACGGCGCGCGGAUCAGCAUUUCAUGCGAAAGGUGAAGAAGGAUUUUCUGGUGGAAGACGUGGACGACGAUCCGGAUAGGGAGUCCUAUGCGAGGGAGAACAUAUCGCUCUGUACGAUCCGUCGGAAGCGGGAGGGGUAAAGCGGGCGAUGUAUGCCGGAUGAAGUCCAGGAGAGCGCCGUCACCAUCCAACAUAUUUAUUAUCGGCAUAGUCGAAAGAGACACACCACUCCGUAGGGGCAUGCUACAGGCUACCGGCAUUGCGAACCAGCCUCACGUUGUGACGAGAUGUCACACACUGCCAAGGGAAAUUGAGCGAUCGUGUCGGAUGUGUUUUGAACCUGAAGGACUGGCAAUUCCCAAGAAACUCUAUGACUAUGUAGAGUAGACAGCAGCGAGCUAUACGAGUUAGCAUCCCCCUGAUUGCCAUGGAUC